CGCUUCUAACAUUGGUUCGACCGACCGCCCUUCCACUCUGAAAACCUUGUUUGAGACCAUUCAAUUCAAUCGCCACUCUUUCACCCACGCUCUCUAGGCCUCCUGUGUUGAUAGAUUCUGAGUCAUCUCAAACCCUACUCACCACUUAAAGUAGACUCAACUUUCGGUUUCGGUAAGCAUCCAUCUCUGUUGUGAUAUAAAUUAGACUCCUAAUUAUUCCGAAAUUUCAAAAUCUUCAAUCUGUAUGUAUGUGAUCCGAUUUACAAUGAAAUUCACCAUUUGAGAAAUGAUUCAGUGGAGUUCUGAAGGAAAUCGUCCAACAGGGAAAAAAAUGCAGUUCUUCGGAAGCUCAGAGAUCAGUCCAUCACCGCCAGUGCCAACGACCUCCGGUAACAAUGCCCACAUGAUGUACUUGUUUAAUAGGAGCGGUGUGUGCUUGCUUUACAGGGAAUGGAAUCGCCCUCUUCACACACUCAACCCGCAACAAGAUCAUAAGCUGAUGUUCGGUCUACUUUUCUCUCUCAAAUCAUUGACAGCCAAAAUGGAUCCCACAACUGCAGAGAAAGGAAACCUGGGGGUGCCUCAGUUACCUGGACAAGGUUGUUCAUUUCACAGUUUUCGUACUAAUACAUACAAACUUAGUUUUAUGGAAAGUCCAUCUGGUAUAAAGCUUAUACUGAUCACUCAUCCUAGGACUGGUGAUCUACGUGAAUCUCUAAAGUACAUUUACAACUUAUAUGUUGAAUAUGUUGUCAAGAAUCCUCUGUAUACGCCGGGAACUCCGAUCAGGUGUGAGCUGUUUAAUACAUCUCUUGAUCGGUAUGUAAGGAGUAUUGCCUAGUAUUUCAAGGUACUGCCCAUCCACCAAGAUUUGGUACCCUCAUAAUUGAUGCUAAACUGCUGACCAAAGACUAUGAAAUAAAUCUGGAAUAUUGUCUAGUAGUCUAAACGGGCUUGCUUGGGCACACAUGCAUGUUUAUUUAAUGUCCUAUAUAGUGGUAGCCAAUUUAAACUCCCGACAGAUUUGUGAGGAGAGAUUCUAUAAUUUUUAGUUAGUGAGGAAGAAUUUUUGUUCAUGCUUAAAAUUAUUUUUGAAGUAUUUUAACUUGUCGUCUCUA